AUGGAUUCCCAAACAGUCACAGGCACCAGUGAUAUUGAUGCUAUUGCGGCCAAAUUAGAGGCAGCAGAGCGCGGCAAUCUGGAUGGGAGCAAGGAUAGCUCUAAUGAGGAAAAGGCCAAAGAAGUCAAGGGUAAAGCGCCCGUCCCAAAGGAUGCCGUUACAGUCAGAUGCCGGCUUAGCGAUCGUGGGGAUCCUGAUGUGGUUGUUCUGCUCGGCAGAAGCCAGAGGGUGAGCGCUCUGGCUCAGAGGAUCCGGGAUGAAACAGAUGUCCCCAGCAAAGCCAAGAUACGGAUUGCAUACCUUGGUAAGAUUUUGGACGAAAAGCUCACCUUGCUAGAUCAAGGCUGGAAAGAAGGGCAUGUGGUCAACGCUCUUGUGGUGGGGGUGUACAGCUGA